UCUAUUUUUAGUUCACAUGAAAAGGUACAACUCCUUUUCGUUGCUUUUGUAUAUAUUAGCAGUAGAAUCCUGUAAUGAUGAUCAAUUUCAGUGUACAAGUGGACAAUGUGUUUCCUUAACAUUGAUAUGCAAUAACGAUUUUGAUUGUGAAGACAGAUCUGAUGAAGUGAAUUGCACAAUUACUGCACCAUGUCCGGAGGGGUUGGUGAAAUGCAAGGCAGGAAACUGCGCUCCCAAAUAUAGUGACUGUUAUACACCUCAAUCCGAAGUUCAGUUAUCAUCAAGAAAUAUUCAAACAUAUUUUACGACUGCAGAACACGCUAGUCAAGACAAGUUAUUGUUAAAUAUAAAGCCAACGUCAAGCGACAACCUAAUACAUUCAUAUACACUGUCAAAGGAAACGCAAAUUUCCAGUACAAUUGAUAAUAUAAUCUUAACAUACGCAAAGUCAACUGCAUCAGAUAUUAUAGAAGAAACUAUAUCUACAUCUGUAAUACAAAUUAACGACACAACUGUAAAUGGAGUAGCAAUAAUCCAUUCCACAAAGAUAGUGAAACCGUUUAGUAAAGAAACCCCUUCCACCAUAAUGUUUUUGAAUUCGACAGCUUCAGAAUUCAACAUGCCUUCGUCAAGUUCUCAAAUGAAAACUUCAUACAGUCAAUCUAUUUUAAAACUUGAAAGAGAAAAAUCUGUGAACUAUAGCACGAAGCUUCAGUCUUCACUGAAGACAACAUCUAGGUCGUAUAUAAUGGGACUUUCAUACGAUCGAUCACAUUUCCAUUCAAGUAUGGAUGAUAAAACCAAAAGUUUUAAACAAUCUGAAUUGUCUUACUCUGCCCUGUAUCUGGUUUAUUCGUUUCUGAAUGUGAAACGAUCAAAGAACCCCAUGACCACAUUGUUAUCAGUGAAAACAAAAACUUCACAUCGAUUCUUUCAAAAUGUGUAUACGUAUCACACAGCAGUUUUAAAGUCAGAACAAAUCAAAUCGCCCAGUACAGUACUGCAACCUUCAUACCAGAUAGCAAUAACAGAGACUAUUUCAGAAACAACGUCAAAAUACAUGACCAGAGACAUAACGGAGUCAAAUAUCGAACGCACUAUAUCGAAAUCAACUUUGUUCCCUUCAACGCUGAAGACGCCAACGCCGGUAACAUUAUCAACAGAAACACCAACAAUAAUGGGAUAUUUUCCUGAUGAAAAUUAUUACAAAGUUAUAAUUUGGUGCACAGGCAUUUUACUCAUGUAUUUCCUGACUGCCGUUUGGGGAAAGAUAUUUGUAGAAAAUUGCAGAAAAUAUAGGAGGCGAGAAGUACAAGAUUAUCAAAUAAACUACUGAUAAAUUAUUGGUUACAACUUCUGUCAUUAAGAAGAACAGAUCAUGUAUGCAAGAAUAAUUGAUUCAAAGGAAGGCAUGAACAAUCUUUGGAAACAUUAUUUGACCCUCGUGUAAUACGAUAGACACAACAGAUUAACAACAUCAUGUUGUGGUACUGUAGAGCAAACCAGACCGUCCCACACGAUAUUAAUAAAUGUAAAUGAACAUUAACAAUCUAAAUCUUUCGUACGUAUAGCAAGGAUCGUCGUACAUUUUGUUGACAAAGCUGGAUAAUAUGUUUUCACCUUAAUGCAUACUCUACAAUCGUUUAAAAAAAUAAUUAAAGGUGUUCAGAUGAAAGAAUUGCGGUUUCUUUUUCUAAAAGCUUCAAAUAUAGGAAAUUUGGGUUUUGCAGCGAUAUCAAAGUCAUAAUACUGUCGGUCAUUUGUUUAGAUAUACAUGUGUCCAUGCCACU